UCGUACACUCGCACUCGUGCCCGGACGACGAACUGCACUCGAUCCGAUCCGUUCCGAUCCGCAGUUAGUACGUUACUUUCAAACACUUCGGAGUGUCGCCAAGAAUAUCAGUAAUAUUAGUAAUAACAAUAAUAACUCCGAUUGGCAUCGAUUUUCUUUUCCGCUCGAGUGAUAUUUGAGGCCCGUUAGGCAAUACUCUCGCGUGUGUUUGUGUGAGCUUUUCUUUUUUGCAUUCCCUUUUUGUUUUUUUUUUUUUGUUUUUGUUUGUGAUAAUGCCGAGUGCUGCUGAGUGGCAACCUGUAACCCUUUUAUUUUCUACCUGAUCCCGCUCGUUGCUUUAAAGGCAUUAGUCAUGAAAGUCAGGGCGGCUUUUGAAUCACCAGCAGUUAUAAUAACAACAACAACAACAACAAUAAUCACAACAGUGGAACGUCCCCAGCAACAACAAAAAACAGCAAAAACAUCAAGAGCCAGCAAAUGAAUGCCGAAUGCCGUAAACUGUUUACAUUGCUCACACACCAUUACUCACUCACCUCGCUCGACCGCUGCUCUACCUGAGCCUGAGAGCAAACGGAGUUGGAGUAGAGAAAACAUAAAAAAAAUAAUACAACUCGACUCAAGUUAAUGCGAAAAAGGGGAGCAAAAGAGAUCGCAGCUGCACUAGUUUCGAUUACGUGAGCAGCAAAUAAAUAAACAAGCGAUUCCCAAUCCCCACUUCUCUCUCUCUAACUAACUCACUAACUGAUAACGCGCAUACGCACCCAUACACACGUGCAAAAGCGACAGGAGAGAGGACGAAGGCAGAGAGAGAGAGAGUGUGAGAGAGCAACGCUACGAUCGGUAGGAUUACCAAAUACAAAAAAAAAAAAAAAAACUAGAAAAACUACAGCGACUAGAGCAGCAGAAUGAGUGACGAGUCUACGGUUGACCUAGGCGAUGGCUAUCCCCCCUUGGAGGCAUUGACGACGACAACCACGAUGGCUUCGCCAACAGACGAGGGCGGCUUCUCGCAGUCCCUGUUGACCUUUGCGGCUGUGAUGACCUUCUUGAUCAUGAUCGUGGGCAUCUGUGGCAACCUGCUGACCGUUUGGGCCCUGCUCAAGUGUCCCAAGGUGCGCAAUGUGGCCGCCGCCUUUAUUAUUAGCCUCUGCAUAGCCGAUUUGCUGUUCUGCGCCUUGGUGCUGCCCUUCCAGGGUCUACGCUUCGUCCAGGGCACCUGGCGUCAUGGCCCCGUACUCUGUCGCCUGAUACCCUUCAUUCAGUACGGGAAUAUUGGUGUCUCCCUGUUGUGUAUUGCCAUGAUCACGAUCAAUCGGUACGUGAUGAUCACCCAUCAUGGCUGCUAUGCGAGGAUCUACAAGAGCCACUGGAUCGCCGUAAUGAUCGCCGCCUGCUGGCUCUUCUCCUACGGCAUGCAAUUGCCCACCUUGCUGGGUGAAUGGGGUCGCUUCGGCUACGAUGCCCGCCUGCAGACAUGCUCCAUUAUGACCGAUGAUCAUGGCCACAGCAGCAAGACAACGCUUUUUAUAACGGCCUUUGUGAUACCCUGCCUGGUGAUCAUUGCCUGUUAUGCCAAGAUCUUUUGGGUGGUUCACAAGUCGGAACAGCGGCUGAAGCAGCAUGCCACCAAGCAGAACUCGAUACCGAAUAACCUGAGGCCGGCACCCUUGACGGGAUCGGGAACUGUAACGGGUUCGGGUACGGGAGCAGGAGCAGGAGCAUCUGGAGGCGGUGGCGGCGGCGUUGAUAAUGGCAAUCGCAUGUCCACGGACAGCAGCAGCAGCUACUCCACAGAUGUCCCAGAGACGGCGCCCUCAGGCAAGCAGCAGCAGACCACCAGGAUCAAGGAUCAGCGCGAAGUGCGGGCCAAGCGCAACGAGUGGCGCAUCACCAAAAUGGUUUUGGCCAUAUUCCUGUCAUUUGUCGUGUGUUAUCUGCCCAUUACCAUUGUCAAGGUGGCCGACAAGGAUGUGGAGCAUCCCAGUCUACACAUUUGCAGUUACAUUCUGCUGUAUCUCUCCGCCUGCAUUAAUCCCAUAAUUUAUGUGAUUAUGAAUAAGCAAUAUCGCAAGGCCUACAAGACGGUGGUCUUUUGCCAGCCGGCACGUCUCCUGCUGCCCUUUGGGAAGACCAAUGGCGCUAGCAGCGCUGCAGAGAAAUGGAAAGAUACCGGGUUGAGCAACAACCACAGCCGCACCAUUGUCUCCCAGAUGUCGGGAUCAGGAACGGCAACGGCAACGGCAACGGCAACGAACCCACAGCAGCCACAGGCCGUCCAGGCCUUGGAACUAAUGUCCCGCGGACCGGACUUGAUCAGCAAGUCCAACCUGCCAUUGCCGCUGCCGCCGGCAUGCGUUACACCACCGCCGCCACCCUCAGUGCUCACAGCAACACCGGCAUCCAACAACAAUCGAUUGCCACUCAAGAAGAACAAUCACUCCUACACCAACAGCGGCUUCAACAGCAGCAGCAGCAGCGGGAGUCCGGGGAUCAGCAGCUCCAUCUAUCGACCCGGAGCUGGGACCGUGUCAGCGGGAAUACGACGCAUCACAAUGGUGGGGGACGAUAUAAUACUGGAGGAGGAGGAGAUGCCAACGACGCCCACGACACCACCAGUAUACUCAUCGGCACCGCAGACGCCAGCACCAGCCCCACCGCUGCCGCUACUUACGCUAUCCGUCCGAACACAUCCUUUGUCCAUGAAUACAGCAAAAGGUACAGCGGGAACAGCAACAGCAGCAGCGGCGGCAGCGGCGGGAUCAGUGAAACAGCAGCCGGUGGUGGCGGUGACACCGCCCAUUUACAUGAACGUGGACAGUCCGAAGAGAAACCAAUCCUAUUCCGAACGUAAUAAGAGUAAUGUUGCACCGGAAGGUGAUGCAAGCACAUCCGAGGCCGGCUCCAAGCUCAUGGCCAAGAUGAAAUUCCCAAAAGACUAACGAAAUGCUUUAAAAAAUUCCCAAAAAAGAAAACCAAUCUUCGUUAUAAACAUAAACAUUAACAUUAUAUUACAUUACAUUAACCCAUUGGGGUUUCUUCGUAGAUAUAACUCUUCUAUAUAGUCCAAUAUCUUCCAUAGAAUAGUCACUGAAAUUGUGCCAUAGUUUAGAUAGUUUUUCUUUGUAAUGAUACACAAAUUUUGCAAUAUUCUUUAACUUACUUUAUUUUAGAUUUUGUUUUUUUUUUUUUUAAUUUUUUUAAUAUUUUUCCCUCUUGAUCCUUUGACUAAACCCAAUCAAUCUUGAGAACUUCGUAGAACUUAUUUUAUUUUGUAGAUAUUUAUGAUCGCCCACGCUUAGUAUUAACCCCAAAAACUUGAUAUAUGCUAAAAACCACCACAAUUACACAUAUUUUGAAAGCAGAGUCUUUGAUUUCUUUUAGCAUAAAACAUUCCAUUCCAACGUAGGCCUUUGUAAAUGUACCUAUUGUUAGUACCAAGUGCACUCCAUUCGACACAAGACGACAAACGCAAUCGAAUAUGAAUAUAAACAUCAAUGUUUACAUAUUAUAUCAAAAUAAACACACUGUAAUUUAUUACCAUCCAA